AUGACAGAGGCAAAGAUCACCAGGGGACACUCGUGCGUUCCGUGCCAGCAUCGAAAGAUUAGAUGCAAUGGCCAGACUCCAUGUGCAUAUUGUAUCAGAACGGGCAAAGAAUGCGUGCGUAUGCGUGUAUCGCCUUCGCACUCACGCAAUGCUCGCUUAAAUCACCGCCGCCUUACAGCUGCCCAGGCGGAGAGUCCCAGUGGUGAUGGACAGGUCAUCGUCAGUGGAGAUCAGCGUCGUUAUGUCGAAGACAAUAAAUUAUGGAAGUCACUGGGCGAUGAGAUGCAAGGCAAAGAUGUCAGCCCAGAUCCAGAGCGUCCACCUCUGCGAACAAGGACCGACACGCCAUCAACCGAAGUAAACCUCAUAUUCAGCCAUCAAAGGCCAACAUCUACUUCGGUAGAAUACCCGUCAGCUGUGCAUUCAUUUCAGCUAUGGCAAGUCUUUAUCAGCAACGUCCAUCCUCUGACCAAGAUUCUGCAUGGUCCGACUGUUCAGAAAGACAUCCUGGAGACCUUUUCUGAGCCGACAUUAACCCCCGGCCCUACAGAGGCCCUCAUAUUUGCCAUUUACCUCGUUGCUGUCGUCUCUUUGACAGACACCGAGUGUCGUAGCAGGUUUGGCGAGCCUAGAAAGGACCUGCUGGCUCGAUACUGCCACGCAACCGAAGUAGCUUUGAGCAAAGCCGAUUUCCUGAGGUCUACAGAUCUGAGGGUGCUUCAGGCCUUUACUCUCCAUCUGCUUUCACUCCGUCACAUCUGUGACCAUGACAUUCUAUGGCUCCUAACAGGUCUCGCGACACGCAUGGGCCAAAGAAUGGGCCUCCAUCGCGAAAGCUCACUCAAAGAUCUACCCCCAUUUGAAGCUGAACUACGACGUCGAGUCUGGUGGCAGAUCGUGAUCCUUGAUGGCAGGGCUUCGCAACUGACCGGUGCAUCCAUGAACCCAAACAUGCAACUCUAUGGAGAUACCCGACAACCAAUCAAUCUCAGUGACGCUGACCUUGUGCCAUCAGCAAGCACAAUACCGCAGCCGUCACCCAUCACUACAGAUAUGCUAUUUUGCAAAGUCCGCAUUGAAAUUGGUGUGUGGAUGAUUCAGCAAAAGUGCCUACUCGGUUCUGAAUCUGAAUCGUCGGCUGCGGGCAAAGCAAAGUUUUUCAAAGCUAUUGAUGAGCUUGAGCGUCAUAUUGAGGAAAAAUAUCUUGCCAAUAUGGACAAGGAACUUCCACUCAACCUUUUGACGGCAUAUCUAGCUAGAUCUGCUGUUUGCCAGCUACGACUCUCGGUUUACCAUCCCAUUCAUCGUCCAGAGAGGGCCUCGGAUUUGAGUGCUGAACAAAUCGAUAUGCUGCUUGAAAACAGUCUGGAAGUGAUACGUUAUGACAUUCUAUCGCAUUCGACUCCUGCUCUGCAAUGCUACUUGUGGCACAUUGCCAAUUUCUUCCCAUUUGAGACAUUUGUUCUUCUGAUUAGCACUUUGUCUGGUCGACCGGCAGGUCAGGUUGUUGACACGGCAUGGGAAGUGAUCGACCAAGUGUACGAGCACCACCCAUCUUUCGUCUCAGAUACAGGUGACCCUCUAUACUGGGCUCUGGGAAAUAUCACCCUUAAAGCCUGGGAUCAGAGGGUCACAAGUGCCAGGACGCGAGGAAUUCCUGUUCCUCGCGAGCUACCUUGCAUAGCCAACCUUGUCCAUGCACGAGCUACAAUGGCCAGGGCAUCAUCACAACAGCCUUCGACCACGGACGUCUCUGGACCAGCCACACCUCAAAGUUUACUCCUUGCACAGGAAGCGCCAAUUGACUAUCUUGGUGGUCCAGGAACGACAAAUGAGCUUGUCUCACAGACGGACUUGGGUAUGGCAACUGGGGAGGAACUUCUGGGUAUGAUGAAGGGCGUUGAUGUAGACUGGGACUUUUGGCAGCAAUUGCUGGAUGGGAAUGGACAUGAUGCACGGGCAAGAGAUGAUCAGGAAACGUUUUACUUUUCGUCGUUCAUAAACAAAGCCUAA